GAAUUAAAACGAGAACGGAAAAAGAAAGAGCGUGAACUUAUUGCCCAAGGAAAAUCACCAUUUUACAUCAAGAAAUCCGAAGAAAAGAAAUUGGAACUUGUUGACAAAUUUAAAAAAUUCCAAAAAUCUGAUUCAAAAGUGCUCGAGAGAGUUAUUGAAAAGCGAAGGAAAAAGAACGCUUCAAAAGAGCACAAAUAUAUCCCGUUUAAACGACGACGCAAAGUAGAUUUGUGA